AACACGAGGUGAAUUUUGUAGGUUAGAGCUAUCUCUGUAGCCCAGCUGUUUGGGAGUUGACUCUGAUUUUAAAUCCUCAAAACCCCCCUCGCGUCCGAUGGUAGGUUGUCUGCUGGAUCUGACCACAGCGUUGUGUCACUGGGAUGUGUGUGACUCUGAGAGAGAGAGAGGGUCUGACAGACUGAGUUUGACAUCUGAAAGAGAACUCAACACGGCAAGUUAUCAAAGGCAAGUCUACGGAAGGACAAUUUGUUUGAAAGAUCUGGUGGCUAAGAGCAGACCCCAAACCAAUUCAAACCAUGGAAGAAAAGCCCAUGUCAGUUGCUGCAAUAGCUUCAAAAUUCAGUCUCAAAACCAGUGACACUGUGGAAAAAGACAAGAAAUGCCCUAGAGGACCAACCCGUAAGAAGCCUCCUUGCUCGCUUCCUUUGUUUGGUAAUAAUAAUGUGAAAACUGAGAGUGAUCACAAUGGAAAUGAGAAGCAACCAGUUAAUGAAGCCUGUCAGCAUCCAAAGUUGAAAGUGAAAAAUUCCUCUCCUCGCAUCGAAAAGCUCCAGGCUACCUUACAUCUCUCCCCGGCUGCUCUCAUGCCUGGAGGUGGUCCAAAGAGCCCUUUAAAACCUUCCGCCUCGCCUUUUGCUAGUCCUGUUUCUACUCCUGAAAGCCCUGGAACACGCUCAGUAUCCAGUGAAUCAGAUGGAACUCCAGCUACAGCUGACCAACCCAGAGAGGCAGAAACUUUGCAGAGUUUGCACAAGAAUCGAGCUCGUCUAUCGAUAAAGCGCCGCCCGCCCAGCAGGCGAUUCAGAAGGUCCGUCACUGAUGACGUGGGGAACUCCGGCUCUUCGGAAACUGAGCAGUUGGACAACUCAGCCAGGCAAGAGGAGCCCAAACAAAGUGGAGCAUCAGAGGAAGGGAAUGAUGAGGUUUUUAUUGAUAAAGUUCAAAAUGGAAAUGCCCACUCCUCAGCAGAGGGAGAGGCUCAUACCUCACCUCACCUCUCAGCUGACCAUUCAUCUGAAGAACCAGAACACGAGAUGCCCAGUGACCCCUUGACUUCUCAAAGCCAGGAGUCUGAAAUAUGUACUGCUAAACAAGAUGAGAAUGUCAAAGACAAUGAUAUUGAUUCAAAGAUUACUCUGGAAUCUGCAGAUAAAGAUAAUGAGACCUCUGAUACUAUUGUUCAUAACCCAGAAGAAAGUGAACCUGUUGUUUCUGAGAUGUCUAAUGAAGAACUGAAAACUGAAGAAGUAAAUGCAACAGACAUUGAGCAACAGGUUGCCAAUGCUGAGGAUGUAUCUUCCGGAGCAAUUGAAUAGUGAGGAUGUGAUUCCAACCAAGUAAGCGUUUAUUGGAGACCUCUCGGCUUUGAAGCAAGUUGAUUUCUCUUUCCCCUUUCUCAUUACAAGUGGAAGGAAACAGAUCACUCUUAAAGAACUUAAACAUGUGUUUAUCUGCUUGGAUUUGUGUGCAUUCCUGUAUCACUUUACUGUACAUCCACGCCUAUUCUUAUGGUCAAGGGUCACACUUGUUCACCUGCCAUCAGUUCUCCAUAUUGCCUCAACAAAGUAAGGUUCCAAUAUUUAAUUCACCGUGGGGUGUCAUCCAACAAGAUUUGAAUUUCCAUUUUCAGAAAAGUUUGUGUCUUAAAAAUGAGUGUUGGAAAUGUACACAUGCUAGGUACAACUAGCUCUUAACUACAUAUGUAUAAUAAAGAUGACUUGAUAAAAGCAAAACCUGUUUACAUGACAGUUCUAUCAAUAUUGACAACUCCUUUGACUUGAGAUUGAAAGAUAAGGACGGGACAAAAGUCAAUCAUUUCCUGAGAACUGAUGAGGUUUUUAGAUCCUGGGAUUUGUUUUCCCCACUUGUUAAAGGCUCCCACUGAAACACGACGGCAACCACUGCCUGACUAGAGUUCCGUAGUGAUCUCAGCAUUCAGACCCAGCAGGGAGACUGUCAGUGUGCCACAACUUGUAUUUCUGGCAAAAGUUUUCUGGAUCAUGUCUGUUUGUCAUAUUAGCACUGGGAAUGAAUGGGCAAUCAUUUUGAUUUGGGCAAUCAUUUUGAUGUUUAAUUAGUCAGGUUGUGAGAGGUGAAGGCGACGAUUCAGUUACUAAAUGUUUUGUUAACAAGAUGUCUUUAAAUGCCUCACUAUUGAAACCAAAGCUUCCUAAAUCUACCUAGAGAUCAGUUCCAAACCUACCUCUUCUAUUAUUCUGUCUUGGGAAAAGAAAUUUUUCUAAGAUCAGCAUUUACUGAGCUAGCACUCAAAUUAGUUUAAUAAAUGAGUAAUUUCACAUGUUCCCAGAGGUACAUUCCCCUUCAGUGUUUUCAUUUCAAGAGGAUGGGCAGACUUCUGUGUGAAUGUGACAUUAAUGUUGCUCCAAUCUCAGGAAACAUUUCCCGUUCUCCUGAAAGAUUCAUUUCCCCUCUGUGCUCACCACUAACACAGAAGUGCUUGUGCAUCUUUAACCAGGGUAAUGUGAUGAAGUUUCCACUUGUAUCAAGGACCAGAAAGAAGGCACUCAAAGUUAGUCACUUCAUCGAAUGAAGGCUUAAUUAUUCGACAAUUGUAAUUAAUAUUGUGGGAUCUUACUGGCAACCUAAUAUCAGAAGGCAGAAUUUAAUCUACUUGCAAUGAAAAGGGGCCAUUCAACAGUUCAUUAAGCUCUCAUGGAGCAUAUCAGCAGGUGACUGAAAUGAUGUUUGCGUAAUUCUUAAUUGCUGAGUUAGUUCUUUUGUUUGUGUUUUUAAGAAGCAAGGUACAUUACUUGCAGCCUAAUUUAAAUAUGGGAAUGAUCUUUCUGGCAAGAUAUUUUCUACAACUUGUUGAAAUUCUGCAACUAGUAAAGGAGUUUGAGAGCAUUCCAUCCAAAUUCUGCCUCUCACAAGCAUUUUAUGAUAUAGUUGAUUUUAUAAAUAGAAUAAAAAUCACAGACUUUACCCCGUUGCUGACGUAUCUUUUAUCCCACAGCAUCUGCUGCUUUCCACGGCACUUGGGAGUUUAACCCCUGACUCAGAUCUGUAUGUUAACUCCCUGGUGCUGCAUUUUAUUUUAUCACUGAUGUGAACCAGCUGAUGCUGAUUUGUCUCCUUGGCAUGUGGCUACUGCUUAUAUUGUGUACUCUUUUGUAGUUCUCUUAGCUCACCAUCUUUCUUUACAGUGUUUAUAUCAGGGCUUGUUCUAUUGAUAAGAAAUGUUGCCUACACAAAACCAAAACCUGGAUGUAAUGAACAUGUUAGAAAUUCACAUUUGCUGCUUUUUCCACUAAGUAGUGACUACCUUGAACUUGUACCCAUACACUUCAAUUGUAGUUGUGCACUGUUCAUCAUCCUGAGUUCUAUCACAAAGACCAAGUAUACAAGGUUUUUGUUAUCAUUUCAGUAUUACAGAUCUGUUCUGGUUCCCAUAAACACAUGGAGUGUGAUGGAGCUCCAGUCCUGUCAAUAGUUGUUUUUAAAUCUUAAGUGGAGGGAUAAGAUAAUUAUGUAGCAAGUAAAAUAAACUAGCAAAUAUAUAUGGCAGUUGCAGGCUACUAGCAAUAGCUUCAUUCUGACCUUCUGUUUAAGAGGUCAAAUAACAUAGAGCACCCAAUCCCGUGAAUGUGACUUGAGAAAUGUGCUGUAGAAAGGAUAAACUGUGUAAUAGUCUAUUAAUUGUGCUAAAAUGAUGGCAAAAGACUGCCUGGAUUGCAACAUCAUGCCAAAAUCUAAAACUUGAACUUAUGCUAGUUCUUCAUUUGAACAUUCAUUGGGGAUAAAACAAUCCUUUAAAUUUUCCGCUGUAAAGUCUAAUCACAUCGCAAGAUAUUAUUCCUAUUUGGAAGACUUUUUUCCAUUGGUGUCUACAAGUAAUCUACUGUAUUUUUGUGAGUUAUCAUAACUUACAACUAAUUAACCAGUCCUUCGCUAAAUAAUCUCCUCUACAUCACUGUUGCAAAUUGAUGGUUUUAAUUUAUUGUGGCAAGAUAUUUUGGACGGUGUCUCACAUGCUGGUUUAAAUAAAGAACAUCUAUCUUCCCAAGUAGAAUCUCAACUUUUAAAUCAAGAAGAGUAAGUUUGAGAAAGAGAAUUAGAAACCAUCAGCAGGAAAGACUGGUUUUAUUGAGACAACUGGGUAACUGCUUAUGCAGCAGAAAAUGAGCUAUUCUAAAUGUAUCAUUGGGUGUGGAUACUGAUUUAAUAGGAAUUUUGUUUUAUAAUUUUGUCACAAGCUAGAAUUGAAAACCUGCAUUUUAUGUGAUUGGUUAACAUGAACUAUUUGCUUAUAUCCUAUGAAACUCUUAAUAGUUUGUAUAUUUUCAAAGCAGAUUAUUGAAAAAUCUGAAAAAAAAUCUUGUGUAUCAUGCACAGCUACUUAAGGCAUUUUUUUUCCACUGUCACUGAAAUUGGAUGUUGAUAAUUAGAUAUUCCUUGUAAAGGGCAUAUCAUUUGGCUCCAGUGGGAUAGUGGUGUUAUUGGAUUACUGCAUUGGUGGCCAGACUAAUGGAAGGAAUCAGAAAUGGAUGACUACUACCAACAAUGUGUUCUUGUACCAUGGUACUAAGAAAGUAUGUCCCUUGAUCAUGCCAGAUAAUGUGCUUUUAUUCGAAUAAUAGUGCUUUUAGUGAGAUGGUGACUCACAAUGAGAACAUUAGAUUUACUACUGCACCAAUUAAUGCAAUAUUUUGCAAUUAAUACUGUAUUAUAUAAGAGUUUCAAGCAAUAAAUUUAUGAAGUGUUUAUAUACUGCAGUAUAUUGAACUUGGAGUAAAGAGUGUGCUUUCUACUAUUUUGAUAAGAUUUAUGACAA